GCUCCCAUCUCUCUUUCUCUCUGCACUUUUGUAGCCCGUCUAGCUUUAUCUUCAAUCGCCACCGCUCUUUCGACUGAUCUUUGAAGAAUUCGCAGUCACAGUCUCAGUCGCAUCGGAAAUCGAAUCAAUUUUGGGUUAAUGUCGAUGGCGGAAGUCGACCACAUCGAUCUCGAAGUGAAGGGCCUCAGUCUCCUCGACGAUGGGGCGGAGAAUGAUGAUUUCGUCCUCACCUUGUCCCCUUCGCCGCUCAAGCAGACUGAUAAUCACAAAGGCUUAAGCUUGGAGAUGUCGGGAAGGAUGGAUGUUCAAGAAGAAAAGGAUAUGGAUAAUAAAGGUGAAGAAGAUGACGUGCUGCCCGAAUUACAUGAAUCAAUUGAACCAGAAAGAAGCAGAAGGAAAGGAAAGUUGAAUUUACGCAAGAGCUUAGCAUGGGAUAGUGCUUUCUUUACAGAUGCAGGGGUUCUGGAUGCUGAGGAGCUGUCCACCAUGGUCAAGGGAGCUGAAAAGAUUGAGAAAAAUGUAAUGCCUAGGAUUGAAGAGGAUGUUGAAAGAUCUACAGAUACAAUAUCAACAUUAGCAAGUGAUAGUGUGGCGCUGGAACAUCUUGAGGCCGAGUUGUUUGAAGACAUUAGAGCAUCGAUACAGAGAUCCAAUAAAGUGUCAAAUGUGAUGACCUCAACCAGGAAAGAAGUAUCUUCUGUGGCAGAUAAUGGGGGUAAUUCUGCUUCGAAGAAGGCAGAUGCCACUUUAAAAAAUGUGCCAAAGCCUAAACUUGCUCCAAAAAGAGCCAUUGGGGCUCAGACUUUGGGAAUGUUAAAAAGUCAGCAGAAACACACUGAUGGAAUACAAGGCUCCAGGAAAAGCAUAAAGCUGGACAAUCCACGUGUCACACAGCCUGUCAAAACUGGGGACUUAACAUCAUCACUUGCUAAGCUACCAAAACUGCCCAGUAAGGCAAAUCCCAUCCCAGCAACAAUGGCAAAAAGGGCUUCUUUGAGUGCUAAUCAUGUCAAAAUUGAUCAUGACAAUACAAAAACCAAUACUGUUGCUGGUAAAGGGGCUCAUACAUCAAAAGUAUUUGACUCAAGUAAUGCCUGCAAGGCUUUACCAAAACCUGCAUUGUCUUCCAAGGCUUCUUCAAUGAGAUUUUCAGCUGCAAGCAAGAUGCAGUCCUCAAGAUCUUCAAGUGAUAGUACUGGAAGUACUUUGUCUGACAAGGCAGGAAAACCCAAUUUACCUAUGGCCAGAAGGAAGUUGGUUAGUAAACCUGUUAGUCAACCUUCCUCUGCUUCAAUGCUCAAAACUCCAUCAAAAACAGCAUUGAAGAAUAGAGUAUCAUCUGGAAAUUCUGCAAUCUCAGCUUAUCUCAUGUCUUCAAAGAUCAAUUCUAGCAUAUCACCAGCUAGUUCUAUAAGCGAAUGGUCAUCAGCUUCAGCAUCAUCAUCAUCCUGUUCUAUCAUUAAUGAGAGGUCAAAUAAGUCGAGGAUUAGUUUUGAUACCAGUUCCUGUAUAUCUUUGGAGAGUGAUGCUUCUACUUUGGACUUCACAAAUUCUUCUAGUAAUCAGAUCUCAGAAAAAUUGAAUCAGGGAACAGCAUCACCUAAAGAAAAUACAAGGAAAACUUCAACACAAAGUGACACAGUCUCUCUUCCACCUAUGAAACCAUCAGGCCUACGGAUGCCAUCCCCAAAAAUUGGUUUCUUUGACGGGGUGAAGUCGGCUCGCACACCCAAUGGGACUAUGCAAAAACAAAGCACUGCAUUGCCCAAAAUUGGAACUACUCUCUGCAGUCCAAAUGGGAGGUCAAAUAUGAAAUCCAAGGCCUCAGGUCUUCCACCCUCAAGAAUGUCAACUGCCUCUGGAAAUGUGAAUUCUGGUACUCAGAACCUUUCUUCUCCCACAUCUUUCCAGGACAAAUCACAGUCACCUACCUCAUCGAAUAUCACUGAUGCUCCAAAAGAUAAAAAAUCUUUUCCUAGCUUUGCUCCAGAAGUUCAUCAUGAUCCGAAUGAAGAAAGUAACUCAUAUGCGAUGGAUGUUGGAAGCGGAGUACAUGAAACAGUAAAACAUGUAGUACAAGAUGCUGGUUUAGAGGCAGUUAAUCAUGGGGACCUUGGCGUUCUGAAGAAUGAAAUGACUGCUAAUGUAAAUGAGAAAGCCAACUCAAACGACAUCAAGGUUGUUGCUGUUGAAGAGGAGACUACUUAUUCAAAUUCCAAGAAUGCUGAUACAACAAUAUCUGAGAUUGCAGCUAGCAGGAUACCAUUUGCUGUCAAGAAUUCCGGGGUUGGCGAUUUUCUUGACUUCUCUAAAGAAGCAGUCGUCGAGGAGGUGGUUGGGAAGAUUAAUUCUGCCAUUCCUCCGGAAAUUGAUUACAAAGAAAACAACAAUUUAUAAAUUAAUUGGUAGCCUCUCCCCCACCCCCAAACCCCCCUUGGUUUCAAGUGAAGUGUAUUUUGAUCCUCCUAUAUGUUUAGAUCUAUCACGCUAGACAUGACAGGUUUUUUUUUACCAGUGAAAUUGUAAUUGCAGAAGGGGUAUGCUAUCUUUGUGGUGUUCAUCAUAAUGUGUUUAAAAAGAGUCAAUUAUUGUAUUGUA